GUUGUUGUUGCUGCUUCCGCCGCCGCGAGUUCAAUUUGAGAGAGAUGGAAGAAACCGACGCGAGAAGGGUGAAGCCAAAAGUUGUGGUGAUAAUGGGGGCAACAGGCGCCGGCAAGUCUCGCCUUGCAGUUGACCUUGCUUCCCACUUUCCUAUCGAGAUUAUCAAUGCCGAUUCUAUGCAGGUUUACCAAGGUCUUGAUGUUCUAACCAACAAAGUCUCCCUUCAAGAUCAGCAAGGUGUGCCUCAUCAUUUAUUGGGGACUAUUAACCCCAAAGAUGAAUUCACUUCUAAGAAUUUCAGGGAUUCAGCUAGUGCUCUUAUUGAUGACAUAUUGGCCCGUAAUCGAACACCAGUCAUUGUUGGUGGCACAAACUACUACAUUCAGGCUCUUGUGAGUCCAUUCCUUCUGGACGAUUCUAUUGAUGAGACAGAUGAAUACUGUUCAAUUUCCAUGAGUCACCUGCAUGAUAGCAAACAACCUGAGGUUGAAGAUCAGCUUGAGCAAGAGAGUUUGGGUUAUGAACGUCUGAGAUGCCUGGAUCCAGUUGCAGCAAAUAGAAUUCACCCAAAUGACGAAAGAAAGAUUAAUCAAUAUCUUAGCUUGUACACUCGAUCUGGUGUUCUUCCUAGUGUUCUUCUCAAAGGGAAGACAAUGGAGGGAUGGGGGCGGCUCGAUAAUUCAAAAUAUAAUUGUUGUUUCAUAUGCGUCGAUGCUUCCCUACCUGUUUUGGAUAAAUAUGUGGAGCAAAGAGUAGAUCAUAUGGUUGAUGACGGCCUGCUCCGAGAAGUCUAUGAUAUUAACUACUUAAACGUGGAUUACUCACGAGGUUUACAACAAGCCAUUGGUGUCCGGGAGUUUGAGGAUUUCAUUCGUGCGUACAUUUGUAUAGUUGACACCAACAGAAUAACAGAAGAACCAACAUAUGGUCCCUACUCCGAGCUGCCAAUGAAAGAGAGUGAUCCAAUGUCAAAAGAAUUUUUUGUGAAGAUAAUGGAUUUCCCAAAUGAAAACCAGUUAAAAGCUCUAUUGGUAGAUGCUAUUGAGAGAGUUAAAACAAACACUCGAAGACUUGUUCGUCGUCAAAAAAGGAGGAUCAAGAAGCUGCAGACGAUGUUUGGUUGGAAUGUUCACUUUGUCGAUGCAACUGAAACUCUACAAUAUCAUUCCAACGAUUCAUGGGAUGCGCAAGUGGUGGAGCCCUCCGUCAAGAUCAUAAAAUCUUUUCUUGAUAGCUUAAUGCCUUGUUAUGAAGUUAGACCGAUUGAGGAUAGAGUAAAGUUAAACGAAAGGGAUUUGUGGAGUCAAUACGUGUGCAAGGCUUGCGGAGAUCGGGUGCUUCGAGGGGCUAACGAGUGGGAACAACAUAAACAGGGUCGAGGCCACCGCAAAAGAGUCUCCCGGUUUAAGAAAUUGGCAGUUUUACAGUCCGAGUGUGUUGUGGACUGCAACGCAUAAUACCAAUCUUCUUUAUAUCACUCAUUUCAUAGAGGCUUGAAGAAAUACAUAUUCAAGGAAACCAAAAAGAAUGACAAG